AUGGCCUCCAACGGUGAUCGCGGCCCGCGCACACAGCCAGGAUCCUCGACGGGCAACAAUGUGGCCAGGGGAGGUCGGAAGAGACAGAACAGAAGACACCCUUACCGCCCAAGCGACAAUGCAACAUUCGCCUCCACCCCAGGGUCGUCCUCCCAACAAGCAUCGCAGGCAAAGCGCGCACCGGCGCAGCCAAAGAAGGUCGAGGCCGCGCCUGCUCCCCCUGCCCCCGCUGCCGACACGACAGGUCUCUCGAGAUUUGGCGACCUUGCACAAUACCAGAUCCAUCCCGACCUGCUCGAGACCAUCGCCCAAGACCUCAAGUUCGAGUAUAUGACACCUGUCCAGGCAGCAACCCUGCCCCUGCUGCUCUCCGGUCGCGACGUCCUUGCGCAAGCCAAGACUGGAACAGGAAAGACGGUGGCAUUCCUCUUGCCAGUCAUUCAGAAGCUCGUCCAUAACAUCGACCCUAUGAGGCUCCCAUGCCUGCUCGUCAUCUCCCCGACGCGGGAGCUUGCGAUGCAAAUAGCCGAGGAGGCGAAGCAGCUACUGCAGCGAUUCCCCAAGUUCAGGGUGUGCACUGCGAUCGGUGGCACCAACAUGCGUUCCGAGGCGAACCGCAUUCGUGCGGGCUGUGACAUCCUCGUCGCGACUCCAGGGCGACUCCAAGAUCACCUCACGCAGGAGGACGGUGUCAUCCGAGACAUGAUGCAGUCGCUGCAGAGCUUGGUCCUGGACGAGUGCGAUCGACUGCUGGACAUGGGUUUUCUCAGGGAUCUCAAGAAAAUCAUCGGCCUCCUCGCAGACAAGAAUACCUCCCAACGCCAAGGCAUGUUGUUCUCUGCCACUAUCGCCCCUCAUGUGCAACAGUUCGCCAGCCUGGUUCUCGCCGAUGGGUAUCAGUUCAUCUCGACGAUUCCAAAAGGCGAGGCACAGACCCACGACCGCGUUCCCCAACAUGUGACCAUCGUUCCCGAGUUCUCUGACGUGGCAGCUGGGACGGUCGGAGCCCUCCGACAGGAGAUGGCAAGAGUCGGCAAGGCCAACUUCAAAGCCAUUGUCUUCGCCCCAACAGCGGCGCUGGUCGACUUCUAUGCCGAUGUUCUGGAACAGUUCCAGGAUCUGCCCCCUAUCUGCGUCCUUCACUCGCGCAUGGGGCAGGGUAAGCGAACCAAGGUCACCGACGCGUUCCGGACCGCCUCGAACGGAAUCCUCUGUGCGACGGAUGUGGUCGCCCGCGGAAUAGAUUUCCCUGCAAUCUCGAAUGUUUUCCAGGUGGGCCUGCCGAUGGACCGAGAGUCAUACAUCCACCGACUGGGAAGGACUGCUCGAGCUGGCGCCGACGGCCACGGCACUCUGGUCCUCACUUCUCACGAAGCUUUCUUCCCAAGGAAUGUUUUGAAGGGGUUGAAGCUGAACGACACGCCAGCAGAUUUGAGCGCCCGCGGCGAGGUGUCUGCCUUUACUAAGAGGAUGGAGUCUGAAAAGCAGACCAAGGUUUACCAAGCUUGGCUUGGAUACUACAAGGAUGCUAGGGUCAAGAUGAACUGGACUGUCGACGAGUUGGUCCGACAGGCCAACGAAUUUGCAUUCCAGGGCCUUGGAGCGCCCGGUGUGCCUCAACUGCAGAAGAAGACCGUCGGCAAGAUGGGACUAAAGAAAGUCCGGGGGCUCAACGUUGUUUAG